GCGUGCGCCGCCAGUGCCGUGCAGCCUGCGCGGGCCCGUGCGGAGCUGGGAACGGGCAGGGCUCGGGGCCGAGCGCACAGCGCCGCGGAGCCACGCCGGCAGGUACUGUGAGCUCCGCUGCCCGUGAGCAUUCGGCACACCCUGCUUGCCAGUGCCUGUUCCGGGUUACUCCAGCGUGUCUCUGGUCCGGACUAAGGAUUGCCUGGUCACCAUGAUCCUGGAUGUGAGUCCCCGAUGCCACCUCUUGGUGAUGCUGCUCUGCCUCCUGGGCAUUUCCUGCCAGGCGUGGGCUGGCACGGACGCCUCGCUGCAGCCCGCUGUCACUGCAGCUUCCUUCCUGCAGGAUCUCCUGCACCGGUAUGGCGAGAGCGAUGUGCUGACCCUGCAGCAGCUCAAGGCCCUGCUAAAUCGCCUCGACGUGGGGGUGGGGCACGAGAACAUCUCCCGAUCGGAGCCGCAGCGCAGGAACCUCUCCCGGUGCUUCAGCUCCUCCGAGCUCUUCACUGCCCACAACCUGAGCGAAGGGUCCCAUGUUGGCCCGAGCAAGUUCCAGGAGUUCUGCCCGACAAUCCUGCAGCAGCUGGAGUCUCAGGCGUGCACAGCAGAGAACCUGGAGAAUGAAGAGAAUGAGCAGACGGAGGAGGGGAAGCCCAGCUCGGUGGAAGUGUGGGGCUUUGGCUUUGUCAGUGUGUCACUGAUUAACCUGGCCUCCCUCCUUGGAGUCUUCAUCGUGCCCUGCACCAACAAGGCCUUUUUCCAACGGGUCCUCACUUAUUUCAUCGCGCUCUCCAUCGGGACGCUGUUCUCUAAUGCACUCUUCCAGAUGAUCCCAGAGGCCUUUGGAUUCAACCCUCAGGAGGAUUAUUAUGUCUCCAAAUCUGCAGUGGUCUUUGGAGGCUUUUACUUGUUCUUCUUCACAGAGAAAAUCCUGAAGAUGCUUCUCAAGCAGAAAGAUCAGCACCAUCAUGGGCACAGCCACUACAGCCCUGAGACCCUCCCCUCCAAGAAGGACCAGGAGGAAGGGGUCACUGAAAAACUGCAGAAUGGGGACAUGGAUCACAUGAUCCCUCACAGAACCGGUGAGCUAGAGUGCAAGAACCCAUCUGUGGAUGAGAAGGUCAUUGUGGGCUCUCUGUCUGUCCAGGACCUGCAGUCUUCCCAAAGUGCGUGCUACUGGCUGAAGGGGGUGCGAUACUCUGACAUUGGCACGCUGGCCUGGAUGAUCACCCUGAGUGACGGGCUCCACAACUUCAUCGACGGCCUGGCCAUCGGUGCCUCCUUCACCGUGUCUGUCUUCCAAGGGAUCAGCACCUCCGUGGCCAUCCUCUGUGAGGAGUUCCCCCAUGAGCUGGGUGACUUUGUCAUCCUGCUAAACGCCGGAAUGACAAUCCAGCAGGCGCUCUUCUUCAACUUCAUCUCGGCCUGCUGCUGCUACCUAGGACUGGCCUUCGGGAUCCUGGCCGGCAGCCACUUCUCUGCCAACUGGAUCUUUGCUCUGGCUGGUGGGAUGUUCCUCUACAUUGCAUUGGCUGAUAUGUUCCCGGAGAUGAAUGAAGUGAGCCAGGAGGACGAACGGAAUGGCAGCGCCUUGAUCGCCUUCGCUAUCCAGAAUGCAGGGCUGCUGACGGGAUUCAUUAUCAUGCUGCUACUCACCAUGUUCUCGGGACAGAUCCAGAUAGGGUAGGGACGGGCUGACGGCACCUGUAUGAGACAUCAGCGUUGCAAAAGCACUACAGAAAAGAGGCAUUUUUAAAAAACUAUCCCAUAGACUUUGUAUCGUUUAUUUCAGGGGGCUGAUGAAGCUCCUUGCCCUAGAUCUAUAGUGACCCAAGGACCUGUUUCCAGUGUAGCAUCCCUUCCUCUACUCUCCCUGCAUCAAAGGGACUCCUGGGAAGGACGUGUGAGAGGAUCAGGAGAACGGACUUUCUGGCUGCAUCGCUCCCUUCGGAGAGCUCCAACCAUGGACAUUACUUCUUCUCUUCCUUUUCGGGUGGCUGCGGAUGGAGGAUGGAUGUGGUGGUGGUGCUGGAUGGGAGACCACUUUAUCAAGGCAGACGCUGUGCUUGAGGCUUGUACUCGUCCAUCCCUCGUACUCAGUCCCUCCAUGGGCAAUGGAAAUAUGAGGCAUAGGAACAGCCGUGGGUCCCAGGACAGCCCCAGUAUUUACAUGCAUUACCUGUAGCCUCCAGUGCUCUGGUUGUGCAGGUAGCCGGUGUUUCUCUUUAGGAUGGGGAGCAUGCCUGCCUUUUGGACCUAAAUAUGCAGUCGAGACCUGUUCAAGAGUGGCUCUCUUCAUCCAAAAGCUUCCCUUGCCAGCGUCUCUGCAGUGUGCGCUGGGCUGGAGGAAAGGGGCAGAGUGUGAAAGAGAGAUGAAGAGGUCUGGGAACGUCGCACAGGGAGAGGGAUGAGCAAGACCAUAUCCUGCUGCUGUGCUGGAACGCUCCUUUCCUGGCACAGGUAGUGGAUACUGAACGGGGCCCGCAGCCUUGGUUUCCCGGCCCCCCUGCUCUCCUAGUCACAGCUGUUGCUGCUCCGGUCUCUUCCCUCUUAGCUGCACGGGCAGCACUGAAGAUGCCAGGGCAGGAGAAGUGUUUGACAUGCAGUCAGGCUGGCUUCGGGGUGGGAGUUAUGCUGCUCCUGUAGGGAUUUAAUGAACUAUACAGUUGCAUCUGCUGGUCAGAAUUACUGUAAUGGACACUUCUGGGUGGCUUCCCAGAACAGCCAAACACCGCUGCCUCUCACAGAAGUCCCUCCACAAAGAGGAAAAGUGCUUAGAUCCCUCCAUCCUAUCUCGGGACACUUUGAGAGCAGAGGGAGCGGAGCCGUGAAGCGAAGAUGCUGCAGGAUCUCACCAUUGCAAGGGAAGAGCAUGGCAGCUGCAGUCAGGCCAGGGUGGUGUGGAACACAAGUCCUUGUGCCAGUUUCUCAGGCCUUCCUGCGAGAGCGAUCCUUACACUGUGACCAGGUUCACUUGGAAUUGGACAUCUGGUUUUAAACACUGACACUGCUGAGUUUCAAGGUUUUUUAAAAAUACUGUACUUUUCUUCAGGGCACAGGGUCCCAGGAACACAGUCUGUGGAACUGGAACCCAGCUCUGGGUGGCAGCAGGAGUUGGGAAGGGAGUUAAAGGCAUUUCAGAGCUCUACUUCUGGGCUAGCUUUCCCCCAAUUCACUAGGUGAACUGACUUAUUGUUAAUUUUUGGCCCCUUCAGCUUGGGCAGGGAAUGAGGUUCCAGACUCUGCCUCCCAUGGUUGUGAAUUUAUGGCUGCUGACUAACAGAAGUUCCUGCCUCUGCUACUAGCUUGUUGGGUGACCUUGGGCUAGUCACUUCCCCCCCCCCUUUCUGUGCCUCAGUUUCCCCAUCUGAAAAAUGGGGAUAAUGAUGAUGACCUCCAUGGUAAAGUGCUGUGAGAUCUACUGAUGAAAAACACGAGAUAAGAGCUAGGGAUGAUGAUGAUUCUUAUUUCUGUGAGGGGUGUCGAGUUUAUUGCUGCCACUCUGUCUCUUGUGAUCAUUCCGUCUGCCUGAUUGGCUGCCUGGUGCGUAAGGGAACAGUUGUUGUCCAGUCCCUUGUCUUGUAACUUGUCCAUUGACGCACAAAGUUGUGUUGCCUUGUUAUGCUGUCCUCAUGGCAGAGGCUGAGCAGAAGCAAUUCCUGAUGGUUUCUCCCUGCACCCCUUUAGAAGAAAGGUGAAAGGCCUGUUCCCUUAUCAUACCCAAUGCUUUCACACCCCACACCUCAAGGAUUUAGACCCCUCUUUGGUAAAUGUGAGCUAGGCAGCUACACCCAGGCCCACUGUCUGCCUCCCUUCAAUGAGGGCAAGCCGAGAUCAGAGUGACUCCAAAGGAAUAGAUCUCAUAACCAAAACCACCUGGGACAACAGCUGGCAGGCACAGCGCCUCCAGCAGGAUCAUGACUUGCUUUGGCUGACUUCUAAUGCUGAACUUUAACUAGCUCAAUAAAGACUGGACAUCAAACCCCAGUCUCCUGUAGCUGUCAGUCAUCUGUUCCAUUGCACUAGCAUGAUUGGCCCUAAUGGAGAGAUACAGCUGGGUGUCAUUUACAUACGGCAGCAACCAUAGUCCCUGUCUCCUUCGUAGCACUCCUAGUGUCCUUGUAAACACGUUGAACAGUAUAGAAUCCUGUAGUACCUGUGCAAUACAGACUUUUGUUCACAUGACCAAUUAUCCAUAAUAGCCUACUGGGCUAUCCUACUUUAAAAACAGUUUCAGAGCAGCUCUGUCAACUUGGGCAAAGGACCGCAGCCUUGUCAGUAGUAUCUCAUGUUUACUGCCUGUAUCUUAGGUAGCUGGCAUGCUGUCUUCCUCCACAGCCAGGAGAAAGUCUUUGCCCCACGCCAUACUUGCUGUUUAUGGCCCAGUCCUAAACCCUAGUUAGUUUACACCAUCUUUUUAUGGUGCUUCACCAACGAAUGCUUGAUAUGGGUUCACCCAAACUUUGCCAACUCCAUUUCACCAAACCUUUCCUUGACAUGUUGAUAAAAAGACUAGAACAGGGGCCUUUGGAAAGCAGCAGAACCAUCUCCUUCCCCUGGGAAAACCAUCAUUGUGGGAUUCCUGCUGCCCAGUUGAGAGGUGAAUGGAAUAGGAUGGCACUCUUGUGUGAGUCACAUGGGAAAAUUUUUGGUCAGGCCAGCAUCUGUCAUCAGCAGCUGACCAGGAGAAGUUCUCAUUGUAACAGUGAGGAGGCCAGCUUCUGGGAACAGUACUUGAGAGGGAAACUGCCUGUGAUCAAAAAGCAUGCACUACUACUGGUAGGAGAGCUGCAGCAUUGUAUCUGAACUAAGUAGUGUCUGAGAGUGGGAGAUUAAACCCUGUCUUAAGGGGAGAGGUCUGGGCUGCCUAUUCUCUCUCAAGAAAGUAUUUAGAAAGCACAUGCCAUCUAGUGCAGUGCUUCUCAAAGCCAGUCUGCCGCUUGUUGAGGGAAAGACCCUGGUGGUCUGAGAUGGUUUGUUUACCUGCUGCGUCUGCAGGUUCGGCCGAUCGCGGCUCCCACUGGCUGCGGUUCGCCACUCCAGGCCAAUAGGGGCUGCGGGAAGGGCAGCCAGCAUGUCCCUCGUCCAGCGCCGCUUCCCACACUCCAUUGGCCUGGAGCGGUGAACCAGUGGGAGCCGCGAUUGCCCGAAGCUGCGGACAUGGCAGGUAAACUAACUGGCCUGGACCGCCAGGGCUUUCCCUGAACAAGCAGUGGCCCGACUUUGAGAAGCACUGAUCUAGUGCAUUCCAAAAGGGAGAAGAUGGCUUAGCUUUUUCAUAGUGCCAGAGCUCUCUCCGGCAAGGAUGGUUCAAUGGUACACAGAGAGGAGGCAUUGCACUGCCAGCAUCUGGGAAAUCUGUCCCUCUCCUGGAACAACGUGCCCCCCCCCCCUCCCCAAAUCAUACUUAGUAACAAACCAAAACUAGAAACUAAGCUGUGCUCCAGGUGGGAGGAAAGUCUAGAAGAACUGAUGUGUAAUUUCCUCUGGGCUGUUCCAAGACCUUGAAGAUGAUAGAAAAUCCUGAGUCCUUUUCUCUAGUUUCCUGUCAAGGUGUUCUUGGGAGCUGACUUCAAGAAAUUUGCAGGCUGGAAAUUUGGUUGAAUUGCAGGGGGAGCAAAGACCUUCAUAGGAAUGGAGCUCCUUUUAGAGAGUUACCUAUGAAACCCUCUAAAAACAUUCUCUACAUGUGUAGCUGGGGAGGCAGGCAACCAAAGUGUUAAUUAAAAGGGGUGCCUGGGAGAGGCUCCUGUCUCUCAUUUGUGCAGGAUGGUACAAACCGGAGGGGGGGGGGGGGCAGAGAAAGGAAAUUGACAUAAAGCUGAGCUUGUGAGUGUUUGUUUAUAUUUCCCUUUACACCUCUGAUUAGCAACUCAAGUUCCAUCUCAGUAUUUUAAUAUCUCAGGUGUUCUAAGAAAUACUUGUUGAAACAAAGAACAUAACUUAUGUCUUGUGAGCUGUAAAGUUUAUUUGUAAAAUUCCAUAAAUUAAAAUCUAUUCUGUAAUGAAAAAGAA